AGGGACGAUGAUGAAACAGGAAAAAAAAAAAAGUGAGGUGUGUUUUUUACUAAAGUUAAACUACAGAGUCUGACACCGCCCAGCUCGGGGGGCGGGUCAGACUCUUGGAGCUCAGCAAGUGUAUUACGCGCUUUAGAAACUUCCAACCUCAGAACUACAGACACACAUAGACUCUAUAUAAACCGGGUCCAAUGGAGCUGCUGGACUCAAACCUCGAACUUGUGAAGGUCCAAGAUGACAUGGUGCAGUCUGCAAAUGAUCUCUCUGGGCUCGCUGCUGCUCUACCAGGCCUCCUCCAGGUCCACAUGUGUCAGCAAGGAGCAGUUCGACAGCCGGGCCGAGGCGUUCCUCCGGGCCUACCGGAACACCGCGGAACUGAAGGUCUCCGCGGAACCGGAGCCGAGGACCUGCGAGCAGACGGUCGAAGAGCUGCAGGGAGACCUGAACAAGCGCUCCUUGUCUCCGUGGAGGUACAGCCUGAACCGAAGUGACGACCGGGUCCCUCACGAGAUCGCCUUCGCUGAGUGCGUCUGUCAGGGCUGCAUCAUCGACCAGCGCGAAGACCUCACCUACAACUCGGUCCCGAUGUUAGCGCCGCUGAUGGUCCUGAAGAGGAGCCCCUGCCCGACCGACCGCGAUAAAUACCUGCUGAAGAGGGAGGUGAUCGAUAUCCCGGUGGGCUGCACCUGCGCCCUGCCCAGAUACUCCGAGGGAUGAAACCCUCUCCCGUGCUGAUCUUUUAUUACGUCUCUAUCCACUAACACAAAGGCGCCAUCCUGUUUUAGUUUUUAUCAAUUUCAGUUUGUUUGUGGUAAAAUUUAGAGUUUUGUUAAAUUAUUGAUCGACGUGUUAAAAGAACGUCUCGAAGUAAAGACACAGUUUAAAAACGACCUUCGUCCAGACGGAGACGGGAGUUUAUCUAAUGGUCCCGGAGGAUGAAUCAGAUUAUUGAUCGCCUGUUUUUACACCAGCAGGUUGACGUUUAAUGCUCAAUACUGUGAAAGUACAGUAGAAAAUAUGUUAAAUAUGUCUUUAUUAUGUCUUAUUUAUUUUUAAUUUAUCUCAGUUCGUUAAAGAAAACAUAAUCACAAUAUUAAAUGCUUAAAGUAUAAAUCUUUUUUUUACGCCCAAAACUUUACAGAAAACAAACAAAUAAAUACAAAUAAAAAAUAAGAAUAAAGUGAUAAAAGAUAAUAAUUUAUUAAACACAUUUUUAAUAAAAUAUAUAAAAAGAAAAACACAGAGUUAAACAAAAAGCGAGAAUCGGAGGACAGACAGAGAGAGAGACAGACAGACAGACA